AUGCUCUGUACCGCCAUGUUCUGUAUCGCUAUGUUCUUUAUCACCAUGUUCUGUACCCGCAUGUUCUUUAGCGCCAUACUCUGUACCGCCAUUUUCUGUACCACCAUGCUCUGUACCGCCAUGUUCUGUAUUGAUACGUUCUGUAUCACUAUGUUCUGUAUCGCUAUGUUCUGUAUGGCUAUGUUCUGUACCGCCAUGCUCUGUAUCGCCAUGUUCUGUAUCGCUAUGUUCUGUAUCACCAUGUUCUGUACCGCCAUGUUCUGUAUCACCAUGUUCUGUACCACCAUAUUCUAUAUGGCCAUCUUCUGUACCGCCAUGUUCUGUACCACUAUGUUCUGUACUGCCAUAUUCUAUAUGGCCAUCUUCUGUACCGCCAUGUUCUGUACCACUAUGUUCUGUACUGCCAUGUUCUAUACCGCCAUGUUCUGUAUCGCCAUGUUCUGUAUUGCUAUGUUCUUCACCACCGUGUUCUGUACUGCCAUGUUCUAUAUCGCCAUGUUCUGCACCGCCAUGUUCUAUAUCGCUAUGUUCUGUACCACUAUGUUCUGUAUCGCUAUGUUCUGUAUCACCAUGUUCUGUACCGACAUUUUCUGUAUCACCAUGUUCUGUACCACCAUAUUCUAUAUCGCCAUCUUCUGUACCACCAUCUUCUGUACCGCCAUGUUCUGUAUCGCUAUGUUCUGUAUGACCAUGUUCUGUACCGACAUGUUCUGUAUGACCAUGUUCUGUACCGCCAUGAUCUGUACCGCUGUUCUGUACCGCCAUGUUCUGUACCGCCAUGUUCUGUACCGACAUGUUCUGUACCACUAUGUUCUGUGCAACCAUGCUCUGUACCGCUGUGUUCUGUAUCGCUGUUCUGUAUCACCAUGUUCUGUACCGACAUGUUCUGUACCACUAUGUUCUCUACCACCAUGCUCUGUACCGCUAUGUUCUGUAUCACCAUGUUCUGUAUUGCUGUUCUGUUUCACCAUGUUCUGUACCCCCAUGUUCUGUAUCGCUGUUCUGUACCGCCAUGUUUUGUACAGCCAUGUUCUGUACUGCCAUGUUCUGUACCGCCAUGCUCUGUAUCGCUGUUUUCUACCACCAUGUUCUGUACCACCAUGCUCUGUACCGCUAUGUUCUGUAUCACCAUGUUCUGUAUUGCUGUUCUGUAUCACCAUGUUCUGUACCGCCAUGUUCUGUACCGCCAUGUUCUGUACCGCCAUGCUCUGUACCGCCAUGUUCUGUAUUGCUGUUCUCUACCACCAUGUUCUGUACAGCAAUGUUCUGUAUUGA